AUGGAAGAUAAUGAGAAGGAAUUACAACUCCUCCCUAUAAGUAUGCCUUAUACCACACCCUCCUACUCAUGUGCCUCGCCAUGGCCGUUGGAUCUCAUGGCUUUCCGAUCAGACGACCACCAACGUUCCUUGGAUGAUGGUGGUGCAGGUGGAGGACCUUCCCUGGACCUCCAGCUGUCCAUCAGUCUCCGGCCAAUUAAGCCGCCGUUUGCGGCGGAGACGAUAAAAUGGCGAGUGCCCGAACAAAUUCAUAGCGCCGCCAUGGAGAAAGCAUACGCGGAGCGCGUGAGGGAGAUGACACGGCGGGAAAUAGAGAUGGCGCAGUCGGAAUUCGCACGUGCGAGGCACAUGUGGGAGCGGGCACGUGAGGAGGUGGGGAGAGUAGAGAAGAUGAAGGAAAGGGCCACGCGCCAAUUUGAUUCAUGUAUGGAGAUUACUUGUCAAUCUUGCAGAAAAAAGUUUAAACGUUAA